AUGUCUCACUUUGGGGCAGGUGUCAUUGUGGAUCUCUUCCCAGCUGCCCAGCGUGGCAAGGCGACCUCUAUUUGGACCAUAGGUCGCCUUAUUGGACCUAUAGUCGGCCCUAUAGCUGGUAGAUUCAUCGGCAAAGCCAUCGACUGGUGUUGGGUAUUCUGGGUCUUGUUAAUCGCAGUCUGCACCAUAUCACUCUCCAUAGAGUGCAUCUACCAAGCAACAUGUGCGUCUGUCUUUAUGCGAUGGAAAACCGCCCGGUUAUCAAAUGGAUUGGUCGAAAGGGCCUACGUUGUGCUGCUUUAUGGCCCGCUGUUCCUCAAUUUUACGACCAUCCCGAGCGUAUUCAGAAGCCAAUACAAUUUCUCCAGCGGAAUUACGGGCUUGGUCUAUCUGGAUAUUGGCAUCGGUCUAGCACUUGGCCUAGCUAUAGUUGCGACAACCAGUGAUAAGGUGGUCUUGAAGCUCACUGCGGAGGAAGGGGGCAAGUUUGAGCCUGAGAUGCGCCUUCCCAUGAUGAUCUUUUUCUCCUGUCUGCUGCCGGUGAGCUUCUUCUGGUACGGCUGA